GGUUAAGACCUCUUAUCUGAAUUGAUCAGACAUUUGCCUCUGAAUAGUUAAGCAAUAUACUAGCUCUUAAUGGUUCAGACCUCUUACUGGUUCAGCACUUAAUGGUUCAGACCUCUUACUGGUUCAGCACUUACCUAUUCAGAAGUUGCCAAACAGCCCCUUAAUGUUUUGGAUAAAAUUUUUAUGGGGAGAUGGGGUAUUAACUUAAAGGAAGUUUUGUUUGGAAAAGGAACAAAGAAGAGAUUAUGCUGUCGGAAGGAAAUUCAUUGGGGCCAACCCCGGCGGUGCCACCGGAGAAGGAUGAAACAAAGAGCGCCAUAACUCUCUCCGGUUUACUCAACUUCACAGACGGUUUAUGGUCUUGUUGCGGGAGCGAGAGGAUCUUCAUCUUCACCACCAACCACGUAGAGAGGCUCGACCCUGCGCUACUUAGGAGGGGCAGAAUGGACAUGCACAUCCACAUGAACAACUGCAGCUUCCCGGCCCUAAAAAUCCUCGUCAAGAACUACCUCGGAUUCGACAUUGAUGAACCUGGAGAGGGUCGCGACUUGGAGGCGCUCCGGGAGCUGGAGGAGGCCAUAGAAGGUGCUGAGAUGACGCCUGCUGACAUUAGCGAGGUGUUGAUCAAACACACCAGGGACCGGAAAACGGCAUUGUGGAAAUUGGUGGAAGAGACGCGGAUUAGGGUUGAUAAGAGGAGUAAGAAUAAUACUUUACGAAAGAAGAAAGAUUUUGGAAGCGUGUUUGAGGACGAGGAAAAAGAGAAGAGGGAGAUGCCACAAAGUUUCAAGAAAGGGGUUGAGGAAGAAAAAAGGAGAGAAGCCAUAAAGUUGCCCUUAAAGAGUGAAUGAAUCAAUGAUCUUUGAUGUUUUUAAAGCUCAUAAGUCUAGGGCAAGUGAUGCAUGUCAAAUGUUUUUUUUUUGCAAGUCUUUUUUUAUGUUCAGGACAUUUUUAAUUAUAUUUCUCUACACAAACAUGAGUUUAUUGCGUCUAUGAGGGACGGCUUAUGUUUGUGUGAAGAAAAAUAAAAUUUGCUAAAUUUG